AUGAAGGCAUAUCUCUACGCCCUCGUAGCCUUGGGGGCAGCGGGGGCAGCGAGAGCAACGGGCGGGUUCGUGGCCACAGACCAGUCCUUUAUAUCCUCAAGUUCUUUCGUCGACAUCACCGAAGCAGACGAGGAUCUCGACAAAUGGCUCUCUACGGUACAGGCGCAGCCUCUUGAGGCCCUCAAGCCAUGCCCCAUUUCUUGCAGCAAAGCCGGGGAGGGCCCCUGGUUCCUGUUCCCGGAGGCGGAUCAGUUGGCCUCAUGCAGGGAGACCAUGCUGCUCAAUGUGGUUGUCCAGAUGGCCGAGGUCAAGGACAUGCCCACCGUCAUCAGGGCCUGCACAGCAGACUACGACACUUCUCCGUCCAUGAGGGUUGCUUUCGUGCCAGACUCGACCAAGGCAUCGCUCUGUACCACCGCCAACAAAGUGCUGGAGGAUGCCUCCAUCUCCAUUCACCGGCCCGGCAAAGACGGCGAGUUCUCGCCGACCCAUCUGCUAUCAGCUGGUCGUCAGGUCAAGAGCUAUCUUGCCUCUCAGAAGCCGUCAUGCUCCAACAACGCCAUGGCCUUUGGCUACUCGCAGACGUCGGUCAUCGGUGUUUUUGCCGGCGCUGAAGUGCACCAGCACGGUGUCACAUCAGAUGUCCUUCAGCAAUUCCUCGAGCAUGUUCAGAACGAGUCGGUCUCAGGAACCACCGUGGUGCAGUUGUGUGGUGCCAAAGAUCGUGGUGCCGAUUACAGCAUUGGCAUCGUUGCCAGCAGCGCCAAGAAUCUCGAUUUCGUCCAGGAGGUGGUCAAGACAUGGGCUGAUGGCAAAUGUGUCUCACAGGUGGGUGCGGGCCAGGACUGGAUGCCGGUCACUCUGCGCGUUCCUGUUCCCUUGGAGGAGUUGUCCAAGAACGACACCAUCUCCAACAGCACCGCCAGCUCUCGCCAUUCCGCGCCUGGAGAUAUUUCUGCCAGGUUCGCCCGGCUCAGCCCCCGAGCUGAUUGCAGGGUCACUACCGUCCAGGCCGGCGAGGGUUGCUGGGCUGUGGCCCAGAGAUGUGGCAUCUCGCAGACUCAACUGCAGAACUUCAACCGCGCCAACCUCUGCAACUCACUUGUUCUGGGCGAGCGCGUCUGCUGCAGCACCGGCACCCUCCCCAGUACCCUCCCUCCCGGAAACUCUGACGGCACGUGUAAGACGCGCCAGGUUGUGUUGGGCGACGACUGUGGCUCAUUGGCCAACAAAUGCGGAAUUACUGGCGAUGACUUCACCAAGGCGAAUCCUCAGUCCGGGCUUUGCUCCAAACUGUCCGAAGGUCAGCAUGUGUGCUGCAGCCAGGGCAACCUUCCCGACCUUAGGCCCAAGAAGGGUGCCGAUGGCUAUUGUGCCGUCUAUCGGACCAAGAAGGACGACAACUGCGCCAAGAUUGCUGCAAGCAACAUGCUCAGUGUGACCCAACUGGAGAACUUCAACAAGAACACAUGGGGUUGGAAUGGCUGCAAGUUGCUUUAUCCCGAUUUCAACAUGUGCGUCAGCGACGGAGCUGCGCCGAUGCCUGCUAUUGUCCCUAACGCAAUCUGUGGACCAACCAUGAACGGCACCGUCCGGCCCCCCUUAGGGACCAACAUCAGCACGAUGAACCCGUGCCCUCUCAACGUGUGCUGCAACAUUUGGGGGCAAUGCGGUAUGACCGAUGAUUUCUGUGUCGUUUCCAAGUCCGAGACUGGUGCUCCCGGUACUGCAGCUCCUGGCCAGCACGGAUGCAUCAGCAACUGCGGCAGAGACAUCAUCAAGGGCCCCGCGCCGGCAAAGCAUAUCAAGCUUGGCUAUUUUGAGGGCUGGAACUUCGGCCGCAAGUGCUUGCACAUGGAUGCUACCCAAAUCGACACAAGCACUUACACCCACGUUCACUUUGCCUUUCCCAAUGUCACGCGAGGCGAUUUCCGGAUCGAGAUCACGGACCCGUUAGUUAAGAAGCAGUUUGAACGUUUCAAGAAGCUUCAGGGCGUCAAGAAGGUUGUAUCUCUAGGUGGCUGGGACUUCAGUGCUCUGCCAGGGACCUUCAUGAUUCUCCGAGAGGCCGCCCAACCAGCCAACCGCGACCUGUUCAAGCGCAACAUCAUCUCCUUCAUCAACGAGCACAACCUUGACGGCAUCGACCUUGACUGGGAAUAUCCAGGUGCCCCUGACAUCCCGGACAUUCCAGCUGAUGAUCCGGUAAAUGGUCUCAACUACUACAGACUCUUGGCCAGCAUCAAGGCCGAGGUCGGCGAUUCCAAGACAGUCUCGUUCGCCGCACCAGCGUCGUUCUGGUACCUCCGCUCCUUUCCUGUCAAGCAAAUGGCCCAAGCUCUCGACUAUAUUGUCUUUAUGACCUAUGAUCUUCACGGCCAGUGGGAUGCUGGUAAUAAGUGGACUUCGCCUGGCUGCCCGACGGGCAAUUGCUUGCGGUCACAUGUCAAUGAGACUGAGACCAGGGACGCGCUAUCCAUGAUUACCAAGGCGGGUGCCCCUUCCAACAAGGUCCUGGUUGGUGUCUCCAGUUACGGACGGUCCUUCAAGAUGGCCCAGGCUGGGUGCGACGGCGAGUCCUGCCUGUUCACGGGCGACAACCGCAACUCCCAUGCUGCCAAAGGUCGGUGUACGGACACUGCUGGAUACAUCUCAAACGCCGAGAUCAACCAGAUCAUUGCUCAAGGCAGGGCCAACAAGCGCUACAACAAAGAAGGUUCCAACAUCAUGGUGUAUGACAACACAGAAUGGGUGGCCUGGAUGGACGACGAGAUGAAGGACAAGAGAACCGAGUUUUACCACUCGUACAAUUUCCUAGGCACCACUGAUUGGGCAGUCGAUCUGCAAGAGUGGUAUCCCGAUGCCAGUUUAGACGAGGACGAUGUCGAAGUCGUUUAUCUGGGGACCGAGGUGUACCGCGAAAGGACUGCCUACUGUACGCCGCCUUGCCGUCUUAUCUUGCCACCCAGCUCACUCCCGGCACCAACGGUAAUCUCGAUUCCACCCUAUACAACAUCCAUUGAGGUGGGCCGCAGCCAGGGUGCAUCAUUUGUCGUCGAAACGACGACCAUCACCGUCUAUGCGCCCAACAUUACGACAAAUCAGAUGCCCAUGUCCAAUGUCAAUAUCACCGUCGCCAAUCCAACAAAUGGCGGUGGUGCCGGUGGCAUUCCCCCUUUCUACGCCAACCCAAGUAUUGAUAUCCCCCCUAUUCCCGUCGUCGUCACGCCUCCAGGGGGUGGUGCACCGCCAACUUCGCGAUGGAUUACUCUUCCGCCCUGGCCGUCAGUGACAGAUGGCCCGCUGCCUGACGACCCAUCUGGAGUUGACAUUCCAGACAACAGCGACCUACCAUCUGAUGAUCAAAAUCCAAUCAUUGAUCGACCUCCUCUAGGAUCUGGACCUCCAAUGGUCUGGGACUGCCCGCCGGGUGGCGUGUUGGAGAUUGAUGAGUUCCACGCCAUCUUGACGCUUGACAAUUGCCAGGGUCAAGUAACUUUGGGCGGGUGCGCACCUACGAGAACGAAGGCAAUGGAUGCACCUCCUGAGAGCACACUUCUCAUUGGCUGCACCUUGUUCACGGGGACCCAGGCUCCUGAUAUCAAGCCAUUUCCUACAGGCUCAGGUAAUAUCAUUCAGCCCAUCACCACGCCCGUGCCGGAUCCGCCAAGAGAAGACGACCCUCAAGAUUCCGACGAUGACGAUGACGAGCCCGCGGGUGUGUACCUGUCGUGCAAGGCUUGGUUCUUCUUCAUUUGCAUCGACUGGCCAGAACUCAAGGUCUUCGGUUGGGUUUUCCCUCCUCUGCCCCCCGGGCCCUAUAGGAGUGGUCCCCCGAAUAUCGACUGGCCAAAGCUUCCCGGUAUCACGGUCAAGGGACGUCUACCAAAAUGGCCAGCCAUCACAAUACCGACCAGAGGCCCGAUUCCCACACCCGAGAAGCCGAGCAACUGCAAGACCCAGACCGCCGAGCUUUGCAAGAUGACGACUUCGUACGCCGGUGUUGUGGAAGGUGGUACAACCAGAACGACCUCGUCUACGACGAAGGAGACAUGCGCUACUAUCUACGGAUGCGAGGUGGAGGAUGACAAUUCGUCGACCCAGACUUUUGAUGGUUGCACUGUCACCCCGGUGGCAAAGCGCGAGGUUGUCGCAACGCCAACCCCAGUUCAAGGAGCUGCUGGUACCCUCGAGGAGAGAUCUCGACCGUUCCUGCAAGCUAGAGCCAAAAAGAAGAGCCCAUGCCAAAUUGGGGAUGCCUUGAUCAUACCUGACAACCCUGAAAAUGUCCAGGCCAUCCGCACCUGGCUCGGGGACGUCAACAAUAACCCAAAGAAGCAGCCAUGGUCAUACACAGAGAUCAAGUCCGAUAGGGCGAAGUUUACUGCCUUUUUCCACGUUGUCCAGCUUGACCGUGCAAGCUUGGACACACUUAGUGGCGCCAAAGGGACCUACGGUAUUGACGACAUAUACUACCUCUCUGAGAUGAAUGCAGAGGCUAGGGCCAAAACGGCAUUGGCGGACGCUAAAAGGCCACGGCCUGUUACCGAUAUCUGGCAGGGGAAGUUCCCUGGGUCCGGUGGUGGCGGCCCAGCAGUUGUCCCUCGGCACUUCUCCCGAGAUCAGUCACCUGGGAACCUUACCUCUUCAACUGAGAUACCAGAUAUUCAUCGCGACCUCAAUGAAACUAUCUCUGGAGUCCUUCGUAAGAGGAACGAUUAUGAGGAACACGAAACGGCGGAGUAUUGGGAGCUUUCUCAGCUUUCGGCACCUCCCUUCUACACAGGAUUUCAGUCAUGGAGGAGGUCUGGGACCCCAGCAAGAACGCAGGACCCCAGAAAACCCGACAGAUGGUUCAACACAUAUUGGUACCCCAAAGGCACUGGCCCAACCCAGUACAUCUACAAUAUGGAGUCGGACGUAGAUACCAGCCAUGCAGAGUUCCAAGGGUUAGGCGGGCGUUUGAUCAGGUGGCCGUACUCGUCGCCGUACGGUGGCGACGCGAAAACACCCAAACCUGUCUCCGGUUCCGAUUGGAAGCACGGAACCGCUGUCUCAUCCAAGAUUCUCGGAAACCUCCUCGGGGCGGGCAGAGAGGUCACCAUGGUCUUGCCAGUCAACCCAGGAAGUGGAUUCACCUACACAGGCAACUCAGGCGCAAAAACCAGAUCUUUCGAGGAAGCAGCCGUGCUUGAGACAUUUAUACGAGUUAUGGAUGACAUUCUUGAUUCUACGAACAACAAGGAAGGCCGAGCCAUCAUCAACUAUUCUGGCGGCAUGUUCACGGAUGGUGCCAGCGAGGCCAGGAUCAGGAUGCUAUACAAAAUUAUCAAGAAGCUCGGCCAGUAUAACGUGCUCGUUGUCGCCUCUAUCCACAAUUCCUACAAGGAGAGAGGUGAUAACAUUGAUGCUUACCCAGCCGGUUGGGGCGAUGUCUCUCGCGCCGACUACCUCAGCAACGUCCUUUCGGUGGGCGCAGUGCAGCAAAGUCAGCGUGUAGCAACCUUCGCCCCUUACCAACAAUGGGUUACUUAUGCUCCAGGUGAAAAGACCUACAUCGCUGUUCCUGGAAAGGGUAUCGUGACGGACGAUGGAAGCUCAAUGGCGGCACCCCUGGUUGCAGCAAUGGCUGCCAAUCUCCGCUCUUUGCCGUCAAAGUGGAAGGAGGACCUCAAGGAUCCGAAACGCCUCAAGGCCCUCAUCAAGAUACUUUCCCGGCCUCUCCCUAUGGGAAAACCCGACAAAAACCCUGCAAAACCAAAGAUUCCAGUGGGCAAGAUCGAUACCUUGGUCAGCACAGCGUGGAAUGGUCAAGUGUUUAACCUUGGCCACUGCCUCCUUGACACCACCGAGGCCAAGGGCCAAGGUGGCAAUGCGCAGCUGGACAAGAUUUGCCCUGAGAUUGAGGACAUCAAAAAACCAGACGCAGAUAAGCUGUUUAGCCCCCCCGGCGGUGGUGGUGACAGCGGUGGUGGCAGUGGCGGUGGUGGGCCAAGCGGAGAUCCUAUCGAACACAAGCCCGGACCUGCCGGACCCCUUUGCAACAAGCCCAUUGGACUUGGGAAACGAGACGGCCAGUGCGGGAAGAUAUGCACCGGUUACUACUGCACGCCGACGCCGGUCGGGCCACCCCCCGACUAUCACGACCCGGAGGACCCAGCGCACAAGGUCACCAGGCCUCCGAUGCCGACAUUGACAGGAGCACCAGACCUCGGUAACUGUCCCAAGACGACGACGCGGCGCUGCGUAGGAAGUGGUGGUCGCGAGACCUGCGAGGACGUCACCAUCUGUGCGCCGACAACGGCAGUCCCUACUCCCACGGCACAACCUACCCCAACAGCAGCGCCGCAGCCAGCCACAUGUCGCAUCCACAUCGCCCAGCACCACUGGUUCAGCUGGACCUCUAACGCCAACGCAAUGUUUAUGGAAGUCACUUCUUAUAUCAAUGAAGUACGACAGAACUACGAAUCGGCAAAUACGGACUUUGGCAUCUCGAUGACGUGGUACAAGGCAAGCUCGAGAUUCCCGACUGAUCUUCGGAUUGAUAUUCGCAAGGAAAAGGGAGCUGUGAACUUCAAGAGGGACAGGCCGGCACCGGGCGAGAACCUCGAGAGAAGGAGGCUGUUCAUGUCGUUUGAUCUUUACUUCACAGCCGGCAACCAGCACUGGUCGAGCGGGAACAGGGACGAAAGCAGAAUGCCGUUUUGUCGGGUAGGAGCAUGGGAUGAGAACUCGUGGGAUGGUAUUAAUCAUCUUCAGCCGAGCCGACGGAUGGACUGCUAUUGGAGGUGUUAG